AUGGAAAACAAAAUAUUCUAUAUCAAAUAUCUUGACAAUCAGUCAGUGGAAAUCGAAACUCACUUUGAUGGAGAACUAGAGAGAAGAACCCCAAUUGAUAGUGUUUCGAAACUAAUUGCAGCUUACAAGACUGCCACCACUCCCCUCCUUGACAAUAUCCCUGUUGACGAGCUCACUCUCCAUUAUAUGGUGAAUGGUCCAGCCAUUCCCAGGAAUACUCUAUUAACCUCCAUUCAAAAUCAUAUUGGUUCUUACGGCCAUCCAUUCAUCAUUAAAUCCAAGAGUGGUAUUGACGCAAGAACCACUUCACUCAUCAACGCUACCGCUAUUGCUUCAGAUCCAAUGCAACUUGAUUUGUUCUUGCCCUGUCAGAUCCCUUUUUACAACAACAUAUGCAACGCUGUUGAACAGGAUACAUGGCUUUUGUUUGAACAAGAGAUUUUCUCGUCUACGUUAAAACGACUCUUUAUUCGGGACAGUUAUAAAUCCAUUGCAUCAAACAUCAAGCCCGGCAUCAACAAAACAAUCAUCACAGGAACUCCUGGCAUUGGCAAGUCUUUAUUUCUCAUCUACUUAUUGUGGAAGUUGAUCAAGCAAGGAAAACGAGUGUUGUUUAUUUAUCAUCCAGACAAAAUCUAUUACGAUGGUCAAGGCGGUGUGUUUGAGUUAACUAGUCUACCAUCAGUUGUUGACCACGCAUUUUGGGCAUCUGACUUGUGGUGUUUGUUUGACGCCAAAGGCAAGAACUCGGCGAAUCUAAAUGCACUUCCCUAUGAAAGGUGUUCAUUUGUGGUGUCGACCUCACCAAAACGAGAACUAACCAACGACUUUAAAAAAUCCCUUCCCCUUCAGAUCUUUUACAUGCCGAUAUGGACUAAACCAGAAUUGGAAGCCAUUGCACCCGAUUUUGCCAUUGAUAUUGACUGGCGCCAUCGUUUCAAAGUCCUUGGUGGAAUCCCUCGACGUGUCUUGGAAGAUACAAGUAGUGAUCCAGUAGAAUUACUUCAAAAUGUAUGUAGGCAAUGCAAGCUUGAUGAUUGCAUCAAAGAGAUUAGCUUCAACUCGACUAUUACAGAAAACUCCAAAGCUUCCCAUUCUUUGAUUCACAUGACAUCUGUUGACCCAUUUACAGAAUCAUCUGUUGCCUUUGCGUCUCGAACAGCCUUGGAUAUCAUUAUCGAAAUCAAAGGAAUGGACGUCAUGCGAAAAAUGACGAGUCUCCUAGUUUUGUGCGAAGAAAACCCUCUUGCUGCUGCAUUGUGUGGGCAUAUUUUUGAACCGUAUGCUGUUGAAAUGCUGGAGAAAGGAGGUGUUUUUGACAGUCAUCAGUUGGUGCAUGGAAACAAGAAAACCAAGCCCGAAGAAACGCUUCUUUUUAUUCCUUUGUCGAAAAAACAAGUUGCUGGCAAGGUUUUACCGAAUCAGGUUCCAAAUCAGCUAUAUGUGCCAAAAACUAAAAACUAUGCAGCAAUCGAUGCUUGGAUUCCUGGAAUCGGUGCAUUUCAAGCGACUGUUAGUAACAAACAUGAUAUCAAAAAAAGUACCGAAGAAGAUUUAAAGAUGCUUGGAGAUGGUGCCGAAAAGUUGUAUUGGCUACUUCCUCCACUGCAUUACCAUUCUUUCACCAAAAAAUCACCAACAAGUAUCGACCAAUACGCUGUAAAAAUUCCUUAUCCUAGUAUGUAA